GCCCACAAAAUGGCGGAGUUUUACGGCGCUGAGGUGUGAAAGGGAAGAGAGAAAGGAGAGAGGAGGGUGUCUGUGCCUGCGGGCAGUUAGGUAGGCGAUCGAGGCAGAAUGACGAGAGAUCCCGUAGAAAGAGAGGAGGUUAGGUUGGUGGCAUAGAGAAAGAAGAAUGACUGGUAGCCGCCUUCGGCGGUGGACUAGCGUGCUGUACGAAUGGGGCAACGAUGUGUCGAGGGGGCGACCAUUAGAUAGAAAGAGGGAAAACGACGAGAGCGAUACGCUGAACGCAGAUAGCGCCAAACGAAGUGGCGAGCGGGUGGGGGCACCUAGUGGAAAGGCCGGGAGUGCGAGGAGAGAGGCUCGAAGGAACGAGAGAGCGAGAGAUGGCGAUAGAGCGGAGGGGAAAGACCAGUGAGAAGCAGCGGCGGUCUCGCCGGUGGGGAUGAAAAUUAGUUACGGCAUCCAAGACCUAAAAGGAACUCAGGCGCCGCACGGUCAGAUCGCAUCGUGCAAUGUUAAGCGUUAAGGUAGUCUCGCGCGUCGUUGACAGUGCCGGUUUCGAAAUUUGUAGCAACUGUUACCUACAUUAUCGUUGUGACUUGGACUCGUGGUCAACGUGACGGCCAUUGCUACAGGUGCGAAAAAGUGAUAUGUGUGUGUGCGUGUGUAAUAUUGAUAAGUAAUAAAAUCCGCCUUAUAACGUGAGUAAGAUGAUCGGUGAGGACAACUCGGUGAAAAUGAUUCAGUCAAAGCACCAGCAAUCGGUGCAUCAGCCACACCAGCAGCAGAAUAUGCGAAAAUCUGUGGGCGUUAUGGGCACCAGGCGUAUUUUCACAACAGCCUUUAAAAUUAAGGUGCUGGACUCCUACAGGCACGACAAAGACUGUAGGCAGAAUCAGCGUGCCACCGCGAGAAAAUACGGUAUUCAUCGUCGUCAGAUACAGAAAUGGCUGCAGUGCGAGGAGCAGCUUAGAAAUAGCGUCGAAAAUGGGAAUACCGGAGCCGUCUCGUCGGCAAGCGCCUCCCCCACGAGCGUUUCCAAAUCGGAAAGUGCAGUAACGGAAGCCACGGGGAGUGCCGUGACUCCAGCAACGUCGGCCUUGAACCUCAACCUCGCCAGACAGCACGGCGACGAGCUGGCUACACAGCAAGGGCCCCCACCUUCGCAUCCUCCGCAUGGCAGUGCACCCUCCUCGCCCCAAUAUAGCCUUCAGACUACUACCACCGGCACGGUUUUGCCCUCAUGUGUAACAUCUGUAGGCUAUCAAGAAUAUUCACCGGAAGAACGUUUUCGUUUGUUCGAGGAGAACAGAGCUCGCGUAUCGGAGGUUCACGGAUACCCGGACACGCAAACGGAUCAGGACCGUAAUUACUAUGUGUUGAACGGAGACGGGCAGCGAGAUUCAGAGGUAGCUUCAGCGUUCGCUGGCAGGAAUGAGGUGAAGGUAUAUCAGACUUUGACGAGUUAUCGUUCACACCAUCGGGAGCAUCCUCGAUAUAACGUGAACGAUAAUAGCGAACGUAAUCAUUCGCCGAAUCAUCAUCAUUCGCAACAUCGAGUGCAAAAUUAUGGGAAUGCCGAUUCAUUCAACGGGAGUUCGUUCAACAUGCUACUAACGCCGUUGAUGAUAAAGACAGAGCCAGCGAGUCCAGACACAGCGGCGACGCCAGGUCUGUACGAACCGACGGGCUCUCCCAGCGGCCCACGGGCCCCACUCUCGCCGGUAUCGCAUCGAGGCGCCGAUAGCGGUGGUUCUUCGUCGAACGUUCACUUGAUUCCUCACGAGCUUGGUUCUUCUCCUGCGAGCCCAUACUUGCACGCGCUGCACGCGCUGCACGCGCAUGAGCACGCACACACGUGCCCAUCGCUGGAUUCCGAGAAGCCGAUCCCAUCGCUCCAGCACGAGCAAGAGAGAGAACCGGAGGAGACUACACGGCAUACCGAAGUGAAGAGGGAGGAAAAGGAACAGGAGGAGAGACUCUGCAGGACGUUGAUAAAAGAAGAAGUGGACAUAGAAGAGACGUGUGACGAGGGGGAAGAAGUAACUGCAUUUUCGUGCGUCGAUUAUCAACGACCACCUGUUGGCGGGUCGUCGCCUGAUAGUUCAGGAUUGGUAAGCCCUACGUACGAUCGCAAUGGUUACUCCUUGCCUUCGAGUCCUCGUGAUUCUGCCAGCGCUGGGCGAUCCAGAAACAGCUUGUCGGAUAGUGAGAUGGAUCCUCUCAAUUCCGCCAACAGCUCCAAUUUAUCUGGCAAUUUUACUCGCAGGCGAUCUUUCCCCCUGCGUUUUAAACUCGAUGUUCUCAAUGCCUUCCAUCGGGACAAGGAUGUAAAGGAAAAUCAACGAGCUACCGCGAGAAAAUUUGGUAUAAAUCGUCGACAGGUACAAAAAUGGCUGGAACAAGAGUCGGAUCUCAGAGAUGAGAUCGCCCUUCGGGGAGACUCGCGUCAACGGUUGGGUCCUAUCCAAGAUGUCGCUUCCAACAACGAUCAGUGUGACUCACCGUUGGAUCUGACGACGUCAAGUUACACAUCGUUACAAGUUUCGAAUUGUAUUUCAUUGUUGCGCGGCCGACUCGAGAAGGAACACGAACGAUUGCCAGUGCACAUUAACGAGGAUGGUUUUGUUGCUUUUUUACAUCCCCCAAGUUACGAAAUCUGGACCGGAGGGGAACCAUCCUCUGAGUUAGAAACCUUAACGGUUUGCGGUAAUCUAUCUUGCUCCGUAGACAGUCAUACUACUACGUCGACAACAUCUUCUUAUCAAGAGUUGUCUUUAAGAGAAUCUUUAUUGAGAGAAUGUUACACGGAGCCUUCGAUCAAAACACAUUGCUAUUCGUCCAGAGCGAACUCCGUGGUUUCUAAUUUUUCUGAAGGAUGUGAGCAAAGAUUUUCACCUUUGAAGAGACAGCAUUGCACGCUUCCUUCCUGCUGCGAUGCGAUGCCGUCGUCGAAGAGAUUCUGCGAAAGGUAUCCUGAAGUGGACGACCCCUACGAUGUACCUCAAGACACGCCUCUUUGUCUCGUAAAACCAAAAUUAGCACAAGAACUCUCUCGAACAGAAUUGAUUACGAAAACGAUCAAUCAGUCAAUCAGUACUUCGAACAAUCCUGAUGCCAUCACUUUCAAGCCUUACCUAGAUAAUCCCGUGAGUAAACCCGUGAAGAAGUGCGCCGUUCAGCGCGACUUAUCUCCUAUCAGCAACCAUAGUAGCAAUAAUAAUAAUUGUCAGCUAAUUUGUAACUUCAAUGAGGAUCAAAGUCGUAAUUAUGACAUCGAGCUUAAUCUGCGAGUGCCUGUUUCUUGGGGACCCUCUACAGAUGUGUAUAGAAUUCCCUGUACAGAAUUUCCGCGGAAUUCAUUCUUGCGUCCAUCACUUUACAUGUAGUUUCUUUUCGGAAUUCCUAGCUGUUGAUGAUUAAUCGCUGACUGUGGAAAACCACAGGCUCUUGAAACAACCAUCGAUCGUAACCAUAUUUCUUUCAUUUCAUUCUGUACAGAUGUGUUUCUUGAAACAUGAAAAGUAACACGAUAACGAUCGGAUUUGCAUUACAGUCAAUUAGCUUGGGGGUGUAAAAAUCGGACUUGCAGGUCUCUCGGGUGAGAAUGUACCGGCGAAAGAUCGAUUGGUGCGUGAUCUACUACACGUAGCACACCACGUAAGCACUUAUCGUUUCCACGGAUCGUCGGUACCGCGCUAUACAUCGCGAUAAAGUCUUAAUCGGCCAUUGGACGACCCGAGGCGUGGAAGGAGAUUAUACAUAGUCGCGUCCUCGACUGGCGUCUUCUUCUAACUUCACCAGACCUGCUCUUUUCCCCUCUACCAUCCUCUCGCGCCACUCAAAAAAUUGCGUAGAUAUCCUGGCGGAUCUUUUUCCACCACUUUAUCAUCGAGAUUAGAGACCGGUGGUUAUCGGCUAGGCCGUUUAGAGGUCGAAUUUGCUUGCUAUAAUUAUAGAAUUAUGUCAGAAAGCGCAGCCAUUGCGUUGCACCGAAAGUAAGUUCGCGGAAAGAAAUGUUUGAGCCGAAGUAUCAUGAAAUACAAUGAUUCUGUUUUUACAGCAUAAUAUGUAACAAGUGUAACAAAACAGGCACAAUUUUUAGUUUAACAAAUUUUGUUUGUUUUGUUUCUUCUAUUGGCAUUACGUAUUAUGCUGUAUAGAUGCAUUGUGCAGACAAAAGCGACACUUUCAGGCCGUGUUUCUUCCAUUUUGCCUAGUUUUCUAAGGAAAGCUAUCCGCCGUCGGGCGUUGAUCGGACGAUUUCUUGGUAGCACGCCACCCAUAGCUUUCCGCGAACUGGUCGCGCGAUCUCAUUCGUCACUGGUCGUGAAUAUGCAUUCGAUCUGCAGAAAUCACUUAAUUGCUCAAACAACUUCUUCCAUGUGCGCACAUAUGUGUAUGUCACACGCGCGCAUAUCACUUUAUUGUACAAUGGAACUUUGUCAUUUCCCUUAUCUUCGUUUAACAGUUGUUGUCUAUUUCUUGCUUUCGUGUUUUCAUUGUUCUCUCUUACAUGGCCUCCCUGUAAAAUAUUUGUAUAUGUAAAUAUUGGAAGAAACCGAUAAGACGAAAGAAUUGACAUUAUUAAAGUCGUUGCAUCGAAGAUUUCUACGAUGUAUAUAUGUAUUAUAAUGUUAUUAAUUUAAUUAUAAUAUAGUAAUAUAGUUAUUACUUUAACGCGUUUAGAGUUUAAUCGAUUCUUCCGUUUGGGAGAAAUGAUCUAUUUUUGUAUGAUUCCAUCUGAAAGAAUGAAGAGAAAACUACGAGAUAGAUGAUAAUUCGAAACUAAUUACUUUCAUCAAAAACACCUCUCGUGCCUUCUUUUUCGAUGUAAGACAUGAUGUGAAUCAUUUUUAUGCAUGAUAAAGACACAUAUAUUUAUACGCUUAUAAUAACGCAUAUAUUAAUAUUUUUAGAGGAUAAUAAAUACAGUAGAAAGCGCGAAUAAAAUUCACUCGUUGUGCACCUCCUCUCUACAAAUUAAUUUGCCGGAUAGUGACGAAAAUGGCAUGCGAUUAGACAAGUAUUAAUGACAGGAAGUCAUUGCAUAUUUGUUGAACGUAAAACGAUGGUGAUUAAUUUGCUAGUUGACAUUAAAAACGAACGAGGUGAGUAAACGGGAUUAAAAAGACACGCGCGCGAGGACGGCUUUGAAAAACAAAAAAACACGUGCCUUAAAUGUAAUAUAUUAAUAUUUUACUUUGUAUAAUUGUGCGUACGAGAUAUCGUGCGACGGCAACUCAUGCGUUGCAAGACAAAUCAGUAUAUGUAUAUCAAUGUAUAUCAUACCAUAUUGUAGAAUAUUAUUGUUGAACAUUGUAGAAUAUUAUAUCUGAAAUAAAUUUAGUGUUUAGCAUAGAUCGAGGUAGAAGUUAUUGUUAUAAUGAUGACUUCAUAUUAUCUAUGUACAACUUAUAUAGUUUAAAUUAUAAAAGUUUUCUUUGUGUGCAUAAGACAUCGACAAUUGACGUCGAGUAAUUCAGACGAUAAGAGCGCUAUGUAUCAGCAUCGAGUCAACGUUAAAUAUCAUGUGAACAAUAAAAAACGCGCACGGCGAAUACUGUCAUUUGAAAUAUUCAAGUGUCUGACAAUCAAUGAUGAUACUCUUGUUCAACCAUCUCUUCACAGACGCAGAGAAACCGUUUCAGACUUUUUACUGAAUAUAAUUACCUACUUAAUUCUUGAACCUUACUUUUUAUUCGAAACCGUCUUCGUUUAAGAGAAAAAUAUUCCAACUGUAAGAUUUUCUUUGUUCUUUUAUAUAUUGCGUAGUUCAUUUAUAUGAAUGAAUUUUUGAAAUAUUUUUCUUCAUAAAAUUAUUUCUAGCUCUCAAGAUUUUUCACUUGUGAAGUUGUUGAGAAAGAGCUGAGAUUGUUAAUAUUAAAAAUUUUUUAUUUUUUUUAUUCUCGCAUCGAAAGAGACAGCUGAACAAUCGUAACAAGUGUAAGUGAAAUAGUCUUAUUGUUAAUGAACUCGUUCGCAGUGAACUGAGAUCGAGAUGCAUUCGAUCCUCGAGUAGAUAAGCGACCUUCUUCAUGUUUGACUUUGCUGGCGAAUUAUCAGAGGGGAAGUUUUGUGAAUCAUCGUUAGUUGAUCGUGAAGAAAACUUGUAUUUGUAGAUUGUAAGAGAUAUCUUCCUUAGAUCGGAAAAAAAUAUUGUGAUAUUGAUCAUAGUGUAACGUGGAUUUUCCUCAAUUUCCUCGUAUCAGCUGAUUAAAUUAUGAAACAAUCAUAUGGCAUUUAAAGUAAAUGCUGAAAACAGAAGAAAUUCUAACAAGUUACGAGAUAGUGAAUUCACAGAGAUCGUUAAUAUUUUAAUUAUCGAAGUCAAGGAAAUUGAUAUAUCGAGUGAAUUUCUAAACAAUCAAGCGGUUGCCAGGCGACAAGCAAGAAGGGCAAUUUUGUAAAUCACUGCUGCAGACAGGGCAGUUACGUUAAUGUUUCAAUAUUCACGCUUAAUCGAGCUCAUUCAUGGUGUGGCAUUAUCCAACGCGAUUGCCCGCGCGAUCGCUUCGUACCGAGCUCUAAUUUAUCGUCUCACAAGUAAUAAAUUCAUGACAAGAUAAUUACCAUAAUUACCCCCACGAAGAUGUAUAUCUCGUAUCAUGUUGUAUAAAAAAAUAUUUCCUCUAUAUUCUGUCCAAUUCGUUUUGUCCGAAUAGAAAGAAAUAUCAAUUUUGCUUAACUUUGUUUUAACUUUUCAUAUUUCGCAUUAAAUGUACGAUAAACAUUUGCAACUCAUUAAUUUAUCGUUGCGUGUAAUAGAAUAUAUCUCUUUAUUAUCGUAGAACAAUUCGCCAGCCAAGUCCGAGGAUCGAAAGGUAGAAAGGUAAAAAGGUGAAACAAGGGGGAAGUGUGUUUUUUGUACCUUGUCCGCGAUCGCUAAUAGUGGUCAAGGCGGCAGUGUACGAUAAAAAAAUUUUGAUUAGCGUAAUUAGUGUAAUCGUAAGCCAUAAUAAGUUACAUAAUGCCAUAAUACAUUUUAUGUAAUAAGGAUAUGACUGACAAAUAUAAUAAGGAUAUGACGGGCAAAA